AUGGCUUUGUCCAAUUCAAUCAUGUGGGUCUCUGCAAAACCUCCAUUUUCUAGCUCAUUUCUCCAAAACCCUAAACCUCUUUUGCCCCAAAUCUCACGUCCAAGUCUCCAUUCUCAAUCUUCACUGACCCCAACAAUCCACUGUGGUCUGCGUGAGCUCCGAGUGCGAAUUGAUUCCAUAAAGAGUACCCAGAAAAUCACCGAAGCCAUGAAGCUCGUCGCAGCUGCCAGAGUUCGAAGAGCCCAAGAAGCAGUCAUCAAUGGCCGACCCUUUGCCGAGACCCUCGCGGAGGUCCUUUACGACAUCAAUGAGAGGCUUCAAGGUGAAGCCAUAGAUGUGCCCCUGACAAAUGUUAGAGCCGUCAAAAGAGUUGCUCUUGUGGUCAUCACCAGCGACCGCGGUCUCUGUGGUGGUUUCAACAACUUAGUGAUAAAAAAGACCCAGACCCGGAUCGCCGAAUUGAAGAAACUUGGAUUGGAUGUCACUGUGAUCAGUGUCGGCAAAAAGGGUAACUCCUAUUUUAUGCGUAGGCCUGAAAUUAGCGUUGAUAGGUUUAUAGAAGGUGGCCUAUUUGCAACAACAAAAGAGGCUCAGGCCAUUGCGGAUGAUGUUUUUUCACUUUUUAUUAGCGAGGAGGUUGAUAAAGUUGAACUUGUGUACUCUAAAUUUCUGUCAUUGGUGAAAUCCCAACCGGUUAUUCAGACCCUGCUUCCAUUGUCACCGAGGGGCGAGGUUGUUGAUGGGAAUGGGAAUUGCGUUGAUGCAAUGGAGGAUGAGUUCUUUAGGCUGACAACAAAGGGAGGCAAACUGAGUGUGGAGAGGGAUAGUGUGAAGAAAAAGAGGGAAGGGCUUUCGCCGGUUAUGGAAUUUGAACAAGACCCUGUUCAGAUUAUUGAUGCCAUGAUGCCUCUCUACUUGAACAGUCAGAUUUUGAGGGCAUUGCAGGAAUCAACAGCUAGUGAGCUCGCGGCAAGAAUGAAUGCUAUGAGUAAUGCGACCGACAAUGCAGAUGACUUGAAGAAGACUCUUUCGAAUUCUUAUAAUCGGGAACGUCAGGCAAAGAUUACAGGGGAGAUAUUGGAGAUUGUUGCUGGAGCUGAGGCACUAAAAGAUUUUGAGUAA